UCCCCACUGCAGAAGCUACUAGUUCUGAGCCACACUCCCUCGACCACGGGCGUGUUGAGACACAGAAGACUCGGCCUCAGCAGCAACUGAACAAGUAACCAAGUAAAACAUCACCGCCAUGAAGCCUGUGUAUGUGCUGGUGUUCCUCUGUGUCUACCUGGUGGACGUGGAGAGCGCCGAGACUGACUCUGGGACUGCAGCCGAGCAAUCCCCGCUGGACGAAACCGCAGGAACAAACGAAGGAAACGGCACCGCACAUGACGAACCUGUCUUGAAUGAGCAAUUGGAUGAGAGAGCUAGGUGUGGCACCCGGGCACGCUGCUCAGCUUUCGGAGGAAUCUGCAGGAGGAGAUGUAAUGUACAUGAAAUUCUAAUACACCACCAUCAAGGCUGUCACGGUCAUGGCUGUGUGUGCUGUGCUCCUAAAACUAACAAUAAUUGCAGACCAACCCAGUCAUGUCGGGAGGUCAAUGGAGUGUGUCAGGUAUCUCCAUGUGUUCUCGGCCAGCAGCAGCUUCUCGGAGGGUGCAAAAACAGCGGCUGUAGGUGCUGUGUCUUCGCAGCGCCGACAUGCAAUCGUAGGGAAAUAUGUUUGGAGUCUAAUGGAGUGUGUCAGAUAGCUCCCUGCGCCCCCUUUCAGCGGCAGAUCAUGAAUGGUUGCAUUGGUGACAACUGCUUCUGCUGUGCCUCUCUAGUUCGUGAUUCAGGCAGCAAUCCAGAAACGAACGAUGACACAGCAAACGAACGUACUGUUGUCAGAGUAAAUGAAGAGAAUGUAGGAAAUCCAGAAGAGGAGGAAGAGGAAGAGGAAGAGAAAGAUGAAGAGGAACAGUAAACGCUUCUGUAUAACUGACAUGCCUCAUGAAUCUUACUACCAUUGUUAUUUUGCACUGGCAAUCUCUGUAAUUCCUAUUCCAUUACCAUAAAGCAGUAACCAUGACGCAUUAUUAUAAUUUCUGUAACUACCAUGACCCACCUACUAGAAAUGGCGAUCACUCACUUGUGUGACACUUGUCAAUUACCUGAUGGUAGUAUAACACUCAUGAAUGUUGGUAAACAGAACGUGCUGAGGCACUGUUGAUGCAGUGUCGCUUUAUGCUUGUGUUGUUGGUGAAAAAAUUAAUAAUUUGAUGAUGUUUGGGGUUAUAGUCUUCAGCAGAUUGUAAAAUCGUCGGUGUUUCGGAGUUUUUCUUGAAUUUAUUGCAAUAAAAAAGAACAAAGUA